CAUCACAGGCUCGCCAUGGCCCUGCCCCGUACACUGGGGGAGCUACAGCUGUACCGGGUGCUGCAACGCGCUAACCUGCUGGGCUACUACGAGACCUUCAUCCAGCAAGGGGGGGAUGAUGUGCAGCAGCUCUGCGAGGCGGGUGAGGAGGAGUUUCUGGAAAUCAUGGCGCUGGUGGGCAUGGCCACCAAGCCCCUCCACGUCCGCCGCCUCCAGAAGGCCCUGCGUGAGUGGGCCUCCAACCCGGGGCUCUUCAGCCAGCCUGUCUCGGCUGUCCCCGUCAGCAGCAUCCCGCUCUUCAAGCUCUCCGAGGCUGGCGGGCGCAAGGCACUCAGCAAUGGGCACACCAGCCCCGGCGAGGCUGCGGGCAAAGGAGGCGGCAGUGCUGGGACGCCCCCAGCCCGCAGCCCCACGGAUCCAGGGGAGAAGCUGUCACCGUCAGCGGCUCCACCGUGGCCGGGGAGGAGUACCCCCGAGUCAGAGGGUGGUGGGGACGAGGAGCCAGGGGGUCCCCCCUUCUCCCCAGGCGGGAGCAGUGGGGAGCAGGCGGUGGGCACGGAGCUGGAGCCUGAGCUGGCACGGACGGUGGUGGAGAGUGUGGAGCGGCUGCUGCAGAGCUGCCCCCGGGGCGGGGAGGCUGAGCUGCGGGCACUGAUGAAGCUCAACAAGAAGUUGGCCAAGGCUGUGGGGCACAUCUUCCAGCUGGAGGAUGGUGACCGGCAGAAGGAGGAGGAGAUCCGGCGGCACAGUGCAAUCUACGGCCGCGGCGAGGCUCGGCGCCGUGAGGGCAAGCAGCUCACCCUGCACGAGCUCAUCAUCAACGAGGCAGCCGCCCAGUUCUGCCUGCGGGACAACUCGCUGCUGCUGCGGCGCGUCGAGCUCUUCUCGUUGUCACGACAGGUCGCACGGGAGAGCACCUACCUGUCCUCGCUCAAGGUCACCAGGGCCCAUCCCGAGGACAGCGGUGGCAUCGUGGCCAAGCGGCUCAAGCAGGAGGUGGGAGAGCAGAGCCGCCCUGAGCUCCUGGCACUACCGGUGGGGCUGGAGCCCCCCGGGGCCGGGUACCGAGCCAGCUUGGAGGAGGAUACGGGCAGCCUCUCUGGGGAGAGCCUCGAUGGCCACUUGCAGGCGGCGGGGGCCUGUCCCCGGCUGACCCCUCCGCCCGGUGCGGCCCCGGACGUGCCCCUCGGCCUCGCCCCCCACGGGCUCUGGAGCCGCCACAUCCUCCAGCAGACGCUGAUGGACGAGGGGCUGCGCCUGGCCCGGCUGGUCUCGCACGAGCGAGUGGGGCGGCUCAGCCCCUGCCUGCCGGGGAAGCCCCCGGGACCAGAAUUCGAGGACGGGCUGGGAGAACGGGGUCCUCCGGUCCCCCCAGACCCCCCUCGGGGCACCAUCAAGGUGGAGCAGGAGACCAGCAGGCAGUGA